CAUGAAGCUCAAAAUCCUUAUUAUAACUUUUAUUUAAAUACACAGAAAUGCAUUUGGCAACACUGCACAUUCUAUUUUAAAUCAAAACAAAGUAUCAAAUGUGUUAUUACUCUACAUAUAUAAAAUGUAUAAAAUGAGAAAUGCUUGAAGAUUUAGCUUUCUUGUGAAUCACUUUAGCCAUGGUUUCUGGGAAUGGUUAGCCAUGGUUUCUGGGAAUUUCUUCAUAUCUUGCGUGGAGUCGAGCGACCUCUGGCAGGUAUUCCAGCCCAGGACAAUUGCACUACAGACAACAAUUUGUCUGCGUUUCUUGGUUUGCCCGAAAAACAGCAUUUUUGAUGUGACCCAGCAAGUUUUCUAUUGGAUUAAGGUCAGGAGUCUUGUUGGACUGGAAGAUGUUUACUGGUGUGUUUGGGGUUGCUGACUUGUUGAAACAUCAAGCAUUUCCUCUUCGGCAUGAAGCAACAUGACCUCUUUAAGGUCAGCAAAAACAAACAUCAUCAAAGAUAUUAAGAAGAGGGAAUCAGAGCUGGUUGAUGAUAAACCCCCAGAUCUACUGGAAAUCAAGAAAACUAUUGCUGAGGAUCAACAGCCAAUCAAAACAUAUAAGGGUCGAGUGAAUCUGCACGUUUUUGAAGACUGUUGCGGUGGAUCUCUUGAUGAACUUAGGAACAACCUGCUCUAUCCGCUAUUUCCCAAUGUACGUACCACAGUAAGCAGACUUGCUAUGGCACCUCAGUGGAGCAAUUACGGUCUGAGAAUCUUUGGCUACCUUCAUCCUGCAGAAACCGAUGAAUAUAUUUUUGCCGUUUCCUCUGACGAUAACUCAGAGUUCUGGCUCAGUUUAAAUGAAAGCCCGGAAAACCUUAAACGCCUCGUCUACGUUGGUGAGACAGGAAAUGAAUGGACUGCGCCAGGCGAGUAUUGGAAAUUUGCAUCCCAAAUAUCCACACCUGUCUUGUUGGUGAAAGACAUGAAAUAUUUUUUCGAAGUCCUUUUAAAGCAAAGCAGCGGAAUGGAUCAUCUGGAAAUAGCUUGGAGUUUAAACCGUGACAAUGGCACUUUUUCUGUAAUAACCUCUGAGUUUUUGUCAUUAUAUGAAGAUGAAUCUUCUUUACAAAUGGGAGAUAUUGAUCACAUACCUCAAACCAAAGCGAGUUACGAUAGGCUCCUUGAGGCGAUUCCCGUAUCACCACAUCCUCUUGGAGAUAUGAUCAGAGAAGACCCACGUGAUCACAUCUAUAAACACAAACUGCUAGAUGAAUCCUACCUGAAAGAUUUGUUUCCUGAAUGCCCUUACAGUCCAAGUUACAUACUCAAUAAGCAAAUUGGACGAUAUGAGGGUGUGUAUAUGAUUCAGUUUUCUUCAGUGUACCCAAAUGACUACACAAGGCAAACUCAUGCAAAUAAUGAUCAGAUAUGCUUCUACAGACAAGAUCCAUCUUUUCAGGCAGAUAAAGGACUCGCUUCCUAUCUGAUCGAGGUUGAAGAUCCUGAAGUAAAAAAGAUAGAUACAGGUCCUGAAGGACCUUUCUGGCAGCGCGUCUAUGACGUGAAACCCCUCAACGUUGCUUCGCAGCAAACUGCCAUCGUGGCAAAUUCCUGCAGAACAUCUGGAAACAUUGUGAUGUCCCAGAGUCAUGCCAUGCCAAUCGUUAGAGCCUUUCUAAAUGCGCUACAUUCAAAAGAAGAGACGCGUGGCUACUCCCUGUUACGUGUGGUAAAUGUGGUAAGGCGUGAAGACAAGGAUGUGGGCAACCGUUAUCUGGUGGAACUAGAACUUGUGGGCCCACAGGGUCAGAAAGCUCUUGUUUCACGUUAUGUUUAUGCAUUAGCUGAGAAUUCAGGCAAGCAAAUGGUCCUCUGCAGUCCACAAGCCUUCAGCUGGAACCCAUCUGCUACUGUUCAUAUUAUCGUGGCAGUGAAAAAUCAAGCCAGGUGGAUCAUACAGUUUAUUAGGGAAAUGGAAAAAGUGUACAGAGCAACUGGGGACAAAAACUUUAAUGUAAUAAUUAUAGACUACAACAGCUCUGACAUUGAUAUUGAGAAAAGACUCAAAAAGUCAACAUUACCAAGCUACAAGUUUAAGAAGAUGGAUGGUAAUUUUCAAAGAUCUGGUGGCCUUCAAGCUGGAAUAGAUCUUGUUGAAGAUAAGCACAGUAUUCUGUUCCUGUGUGACCUGCACCUCUACUAUCCAGUGAAUAUAAUAACCACUAUAAGAAAACAUUGUGUCGAGGGAAAGAUGGUCUAUGGUCCUAUUGUGAUGAGACUGGAUUGCGGUGCUUCCCCAAGAGCCCCAACUGGUUUUUGGGAGGUUUCUGGUUAUGGUUUGAUGGCAAUCUACAAGUCAGACAUGGAUCGUAUUGGUGGCAUGAACACUGUAGAAUUCAAGGACAAAUGGGGGGGUGAAGACUGGGAGUUAUUAGACAGAGUCUUAGAAAAUGGGUUAGAGGUGGAACGACUCCAUCUCAGAAAUUUUUUCCACCAUUUUCAUUCCAAACGUGGAAUGUGGGAAAACAACAAUCAAGGCUAAAAGCAAAUGAACACGACUUUAUUUCCAAACCAGAUGAAGGCAAACCUCACCACCACAGAUGAUUUUGUUGGUCAGUCUAACAACUCAAUCGCGCAUUCAUCUGACAAGAAAAGACUUCAUGGAUUCAACUGAGAAAAGUCAUGGAUGGAUCUGAUUGAGACAACCAGUAUAAGCAUAUGCAACCAACAUGCAAAGGGUGUAAGUUAAGGUUAGAGGUUAGCAUUUGUUUCAGCAUUGUCUAGACAAUCAGCCCUGUGAUUAACUGGUGGUGUUUCAGCGGUUUAAUGAAGGAAGAAAUGCUAGUGCUUAUGGCAGCAUUUACUAGCAGAAUGAAGUUGUUGGAUGACACUUUUUGUCCAAAAAUAUUCAUAUGUUAAAAGUUAAAUUAAACACAGUCUCAUGCUUACUCACUUCCUUCAAAACAUUUGUUCAUCAUAAAAAAAAAAAAAUCGUAUUUCCUGCGUUUUUGCAUCCAUAACAAGGUUUUUUUUUUAAAAAACACAAACUUUAGACCUUUAGUCUGGGAAAAUAAUUAAGUAGGUACAUCUGGUAUUUUUUUCUUUAUUUACACUUCUGUACACACUAAAACAGUUUUGUCGCGUGUUCAGCUUAUGGCAGCUUUUAUUGAUAUUUUUAGUUUCACCAAGGCUGAAAUAUUGUAAAAUUAUAUAUUGUUUUAUGUAAGUAUAUUUAAAAAACGUAAUUUAUCUUCUGAUGGCAAAGCUCAAUUUUCAGAUGCCAUUACUUCAGUUUCACACUUUUUUGAUUAAUGCAUGCAGGCACAUGGACUUUUAUAGCUGUUAUAAAAAUAAUAAUAAUAAAAAAAUCUCUCUUCUGCCUUUGAGUUCAUAGUGGACGCUGUGCAUUCAAAUGUUCUUCAAGGUUGAGUGAGAUUAGUUGCAAUGAACAAAUGGUCUAAAAAUAUAGUGUGAGCCACUUUAGAUGAUGCCAACUUUAGACGUCGCUACCCUCUCAACUUACGACUGAAGCCUGUAGAAAUGUCCCUUUCUCUCUUACCAUAUUGAGACAAACAGCUAUAUACUAAUCCAUGGUUUUAUAUAAACGCGGUCCUUCAGCAUCCAAUCACAAUUAAGUAGCGGUAACUUUAAUCAAUGUGGUGAUGAAGUUGUGGUAACAUUUUGCUGUAAAUAUUUUCCGGUUCCGAAUUUGAUCAGAUGACUGUACAUUAUGCAGACUACUUGAAUAAACUGUAAUAAUUGUAUUAUGUUUAAAAUGACUAUCAUUUGUGAUCAUGAUUAAAAAAAUGUUUACACUUUA